GUAUAUCCAGAUACAUCGCUCAAUCUAUGCCUGGAUAUAUUGUUGCACAAGGGUGUAAGCGGUGUGCCAGUGGUGGAGCACAAAACGUUUCGUGUCGUAGAUAUGUAUUCACGAUUUGAUGCAAUUGGUGUGGCACUGGAGGAUAAAAUGGACGAUCUUAACGUUACGGUGCAGGAAGCAUUAGCUUUCCGGAAUACAUUUAGGUUAGAAAAGGAUCGCGUUGUUUCGAUAUCGGUUGACGACUCGCUAUGGACUGCGCUGACAGUGCUGGUGGAUAGGAAUGUUCAUAGACUUUGUGUUUUGAAAGAUAAUGGUGCUAUUGACGUAAGCUUGUUUCGAUUAAUUUCAUUUAUUUUCAGAAAAGCAUACCCCUUUCCGAAUCAGAUAUCAAAAGUGCCCCUCAGUUAG